AUGAAAUUAUUUCAUGCAGAAACCGGAAAACGACUUGUUGUUCGCAACUCUAUAGACGGUGAACCAAUUCCUGUCGAUAAAUCAUCUAAUAAAAAAGUUAAAAAGGCUGGUAAAAAGAAGGAUAAGGAUUCAUCUAUGUUAAAAAAAAAACUUAUUAAGGAGUUAGAAUCACCAAGUUCUUCAUCGAGUACGAUCUCACAAACCAAAACUAUCACGAACUCUGGUAAUUUUACCGAUUUAUACAAUGCAAUUACUAAGGCUGAGGAACGAACUGAUAUCACUAAUCAAGAAGUUAUUAGAUGCAUAUUCUGCAUUUGGAAAAGAACUUGA